CUUCAUUACAGAAGAGUUAGACUGUAAUCGAUAGCCAAAAUCUGACAGGGACAGUUAAUUUUGUUCUUGUUCCACUCUGCACAUCGAUUAUGAGUUUUAUAUAGGAAAGUAGACUAACAAUGAAUGAAGAUAAGACUGGCCUUGUUACUAUUCUUGACCCUGUUGGAAAGCCUAGAACAGCCAAACUUGUCCUCACUACAGACACACUGAGUGUCCUUAGGGAGGAAAUUGUGUCAACUGACAGCAAUGGAAAUGACCAAAUGCUUAGCCAGAUUCGGGAGGUGUGUCUGUGCAGAGAUGAAACAGGAGGGUUGGGGCUCAGUCUGAAGGGAGGGGCUGACUGUGGCCUGCCUGUGUUUAUAUCAAAAAUGCCUCCCAACUUACCAGCUUCUAACUCUGGCAAGUUGCUAAUAGGAGAUGCCAUCUUAAAGAUCAAUGAUGUAGUUUGUGAAAAAAUGGAGCAUGAUGCUGUGAUUGAAACAUUGAAGUCUGCAGGGCAAACAGUUUAUCUAACAGUCAGAUAUUUCAAACCAGCAGCACUUUUCCUCAAAAGGGAGUCACAAAGCAGUUCAAGUUCCCCAGGAAGUUCCCAAUCUCCGUCCUUGCCUGACCUAGAGAGACAGUGGGUGGUCUGUGUUACCAUCCCCCUGCUGUUUGCUUACCUGUCCAGAUUCAUCCCAGGGACAGACAAACUCAGAACGAAUGCUUUUGAAGUUGUUGGGGUGAACUCAGCUUCAACAGGGGUUGUCUUGUGUGAAGACAGCAGAUCAUUGGCUGAUUGGAUCAGAGCAAUAACCAAUAACAUUUCAGCUUUACUUAGUCAUAUGAUCAAAAUGAGUAAUAGGUUGUUGAUUCCUGAAGACCAGGUUGUACACAUGACAUGGACUCAAGAAAGAGUAUCUCCAAUGCGACAUUUCCAAGCAUGGAAACCAAAAUUUCUUUGUCUUAAAGGAGCUGAAAUAUGUCUAUUUGAUGUCCCUCCAAUGCAGACAAGAGAUUGGGUUCGUUGUGACACGGUGUUCAAGGUUUACGAGUGCAUGUUCAAGGUUCUGAAGGAUGUAGAGCUGCUGGAUGAUCGACAGCACUGUUGUACCAUACACUGUGGGACAGGGGAGAAGUUUUAUCUGAGUGCAGAGAGCCGCUCAGACCUCCUCCAGCUGGAGAAAGCGUGGUACAAGACUAACCACACCAGCAUAACCAGCAUGAAGAGUAAAACCUUUGGGUGUACCUGGAGGGGGAUGUUGUCCGGAUUGACACUGGAUCUGGAGUCUGGAUUCUCAUUGUAUGAUAACACAACAAAGAGUUAUAUGUGGACAUACAAAUUCUCCCAACUUAAAGGGUCAUCUGAUGAUAACAGAUCUAAACUGAGACUGCAUUUUCACAGUGCAGAGAAUCCAAACAAUGUAGAAACUAGGGAAAUCCAGUGCUCUGGUCUACACACUCUACUUUUCUGCAUCCACGCUUUUUUGUCUGCGAAACUGGCAUCAGUAGAUCCCCUGUUUCUAGGGAGCCAUUAAAAGUAAUACCCAGUACCUUGAAGCAUUGGAGAAACCCGAAAACAUUGACAUUCAGUGGCCAUGAAUUGUGUACACAUUAUAAGUCAUUUGAUUUUAUGUUCUUGUGCAUGUUAUUGUUUCUAUAGUGGAAUGAAUUUUUUUGAUACCGUUAAUUUUCCUUCGUACAAGUACAUGCAUCUCUCUUUUCCAAGCAAAUAUGUCAUCUGUUAUCAUGCUUGAUGUUCUCUUCAUACACUAGUAUUUUUUCCUUUUAUUUUUGUGGAUUUUUUUUCUUAAAGGUCAAAAUAUUUUUUAGUGCUUGGGAAAGAUUUUUAUUGUGCCAUCUUUGAAUAAUUGUUUUAAUUUGUAUUUUUAAUGAACUUGAAAAAGAGAUCAGUUUGAUGGUUUUUGUUAAUAUCUAUAUUCUUUAACAAUGGCCAGUUAUUUUUCACAUUUUAUAUUUAUAUCUUAUACAUUUAUAUAAUUUUGCGUAUGUGUUCAGUUUUAUGAGAUUAAACUUUUGCUAGAUUAAGAAAUAGAUCUUUGAUAUUCAUGUAUACCAAGAGAUUAUUGUAUUUAUGAAAUGCAUAUAUAGAGUGAAGGGAAAAAAGAAACUGCAUAAGUUUGUAUGGCAUAGAUAGAAUCAAUUUCGCAUUAGUUACAUGUACAUUUAAAAAGUUAAUCAACAAGCGUCAAAUUUAAAAAAUUACAAACACAAGAGUAUAACUUUAAUUUAUCCAUAGAGAAAGGUGAUCUUAUGAUUUGCAGAAUGAAAUCAGUGUGUUAAAUUAACCAUGGCCAUAUUAUAUAUUGGAUUUUGUUUCAUUUUUCUAGUCCACAACAAAUAAGACAUUAACAAUGCACUUUCAUUUGAAACUAACCAUUAAGUUUGACUGCAAUGAGCCAGUUGUCAGUAUAUAUAUUUUAUGAAUAGAUGCCAGUACUUUUUAUUUUAUUAAUGCCUGUAACUAAUAUGAUUUAAUACAUUUACAAGGCAUGAACAUGUAACUGUAUCUAUAAAAGAAGAUUUGCUUCUUCUUUUUUUUUUGCCUGCAUCUUCAUUCCUGAUUUGAGUUCAUGGAUUUAUUGGUGCUAUAUCUAUUAUUUUUACAUAUAUGUAUGCAGUGGCUGCUAUUUAUUAUUUAACCUGUUAUAGAUCUAGCCUUGUACAUGUAUAUAUAUUGUCUUUUAUUCACUGCGUAGUAAAUGAAAUGUUAGAUAAUGUCCCUCAACUACCGGGGUAUGUCAGAGUUAUGUAGAUGGAGUUGUUUUAUUGUGUGAGCUUGUUAAAGCUUUGUUGUACUGAUUUGAUUACGAUUUGAUUCAUCGAAUGCUCUCGAAGCGUAUAUGUCACUUUGGACAAGCUAGUGUGUGAAAAUUUAGACUAUUAAAAAAGUUGCUGUUGUGUGAAUUUCAAUUUGUACAUGUUGUUACUAAAUGAUGUCUUACCACUUGUUUAGGCCACCCAUAGCAGUAGGAUAAGCUUGUAAUUGUUAAGUUUCCGAUUGUCUUCCCACCUAUUGACAUUGUUGCCAGUUAUAGGAAUAUUUAUCAUUGUUACUGAGGACAACUCUCUCUCUCUAUGAUCCGCCCUUAUCAUCUUCAGAUAUACAAUGUAUCAUGUACAUGUUUUUAUGCUUUGAACAAUCAGUACAGUUGAGUUGUGUACAUGUAGCUAUUUUUAACUUUCAAUUCUCUUCAAAGAAAUCAACAGCCGUUUGUAAAAAAAAAAAAAAAAAAAAAAAUGAAAAUUUUGCCCCCAGUUUAUUUUCUACCAUUUGCUCUCAUUGCCGAGAUACCAUAAUUUGAAUUACAUUGUAAUUGGACUUACAAUGUAUCGGAUUUUGAUUUUAUACUCUCUUUGGACACAUGAUAAACAUUUUUUGGUGUGAAUUUACAACAUUGUGAAAUCUUUAACAUGUUAAUGUGUGAUAGGGAGAAACAGCCUUGUAAGUUGUAUGCAGAAUGUACGUCGUACAUGUAUGUUUUAUUUCAGCAGUGCACUGCAGUUGUAUACAUUUUAAGUGAUUAUUUGGUCAGUUGAUUACAAGCAAUUGUAUCAACUUUUAUCUAAGUAUGUUUAUUUAUUUUAGUUAAAUAAAAAUAUGAAAUAUU